GAGUAUUGUGGAUGCAUGUAUAAGAGCAAGAACUGUGAAGAAGCUCAUCUACACUGCCAGUGUCAUGGCUGCAGCUCCACUGAGCCACGAAGACGCUACCAGUUUCAAGGACUCCAUGGACGAAACUUGUUGGACUCCUUCCAAUUUCCCAAUCCCUUACCCCAUUGAUUUGCUUGUGAACUACGUGCAUUCAAAGGCAGCAGCAGAGAAAGAAGUGCUGAGUUACAAUGGGAAAGGGAUACAAGUGGUGUCUCUUGCUUGUGGCCUAGUUGGAGGCCGCGAGACACUUCAAUCUGUGAUACCUGAAAGCGUGGGGUUGAUCGUCUCACAGGUUGCAAGGGACAAGAAUAGGUAUGAAAUGCUGAGGUUUUUAGAGGAAUUGAUGUCAAAAGUUCCACUUGUACAUAUACAAGAUGUAACUGCAGCACAUAUUUUCUGCAUCGAGAAUUCGGACAUCAAUGGCAGGUUUCUAUGUGCUAACUGGUACCUAAAAUCCGUCGAGAUUGCCUCUUACUAUCAGAAUCAUUCCCCCCUCAUUACCAUCCCUCAAGAGUUCAUUGAGGAUUCAAUGAGGGAGACAAAGUGGGGUUCAAGAAAGUUGGAAGAAGCAGGAUUUGAGUACAAAUAUGACUAUAAGAUGAUACUUAGUGGAAGUGUAGAAUGCGCCAAGAAGUUCUGCAAUCUCCUUAACUAAACUACAGUUAUUAGUUUCCUGUUCCAAACAGCAUGUUCAAAUACUAUUUAUGUAUGUUUUAAGAAUAAUUUGGUCUGAAGUUGAAAUGAAGAUAACAAUUUGCAGCUGAAA